AUGAGUAGUUCAGUAAAGACUAGUCCUGUUAAAAAAGAACAACCAGAAAUUAAAAAGGAGAUAGAGAAUGGCAAAGAUGCUUCACCAACUCAAGAUUAUGAUGAAGAUCCUUCAAUUUUAUCUGAUCCAGAGGAUUAUUUAGAAAAAAAUGAAAGUUUAGAUAUGAACUUAUCAAAAGCAGAUCAAAAAGUAUGGUUAGUUAAACUCCCCAAAUAUUUAAUGGAAAAUUGGAAUAAACCUGAAAUAAUGUCAAGUGGUAAACAAAUUGGAACUGUUAAAAUAAGGAAAGAUCCUAAGGGUCAAUUACAAGUCAAAUUAGUAUUAAAUGAACAAAUACCUGAUUUACCAAAAGAAUAUGAUAUAAGAAUGUUAAAUACUCAAGUACGAAAUUCAUAUGCAUUUACUGAAGAAAACCUAAAGAAAUUUAAAAAGGAAAACACAGAAGUUACUGAACUUGAUGAAAUACCUAAUCAACCUAAAAUAGAAGAACCAGAUGAUAAAAGAAAAAAAUUCCAACCAAGACGAAAAUUUAAAUUUUUUAAAGUAACUAAAAAUAAUGAAAAUGGUGAAAAUGGUGAACAAAUUAAAAAAUAUAUACCAUUUGUUAAGACUAUUCCUAAAAAGACAAAUUUAGUUGGUAAAAUAGUUCAUGAUUGUCAAAUAAUACCUUCUAGACAUGAUAUUAAUUAUAGUUCAUUAAUAAGAAAAAGAGAUGCAACAAUGCAAGGACCACCAAGACCUAAAGUUACAUUACUUAAUGAAAUUCCUGGAGUUAUACAAUCAAAUGCAGGACCAUCUAUACGAGGUAAUAAUACUUCUAUAUUUUUAAAAUCAACUCAACCAAAGAAUAAAUCAGAAGGAAGAGCAAUAAGAAUGCCAAAAAAGGAUUUAUUAGAUUUAUUAUUUAGAUUAUUUGAAGAAUAUGAAUAUUGGUCCAUCAAGGGAUUAAAAGAAAGAACUAAACAACCAGAAUCUUAUUUAAAAGAAUCUUUAGAUUCAAUUGCAACUUUAAUUAAAAAGGGUCCAUAUACUUCAAAAUGGUGUUUAAAACCUGAAUAUAAAAAAUUAAGAGAUGCUGAAAGAGCUGCAAGAUUAGGACUUGAUGAUGAACAAGAUAAAGAAAAUGAAGAAGAUGAAAAUCAUGAUGAUGAUGAAGAUAUGGAAGAUGUCCUAUAG